AUGUCCCCUACCCUAAUGCCUGUUCCCCCAGCCAGAUCCCCAUUCAACGCUCGCUCGGCUAUUCUUCGUCAUGUCAAGCGUUCACAGGGCCGCCCAGAUGCUCCACUCAACGUGUUGGCAAUCCCAGAACUCGCCAUCCUCCCCCGACCCUGGCAGUCGAUCCUCAUUUCACUGGUUCUUUCCUCGAUGUCUUCGGUCACUCGGGACUUCGAACAGGACUGGGCGUACCACGACUCUCAGCCACCACAACCCUAUCCCCGCGUUCCCGCCCGGAGACCCAGUUCGUCCGUGGCCUCCUACGUACUGCCCAGCUUACUCUCAUGUAUACGACCACCCUCGUCGCCAUUCGUAUCCGCCGUAUCAACCGGUGCCAUUUCACUUAUCAUUCGGCUAGCCUUUCGAGAUACCCCAACCACAAGAAACACAGAGCGCACCUUCCACGCUAGCGGCAACACAUGUAUAGGAAUGUUGCUGGAGGCCCAAAUGGUGCAUAAGGUCGAUAAUGAAUGUGAUGCAGCCGGAGACAAGCCCGCUGUGGCUGUGGUUCUUUCUUGCUCGCCCUUCCAAGCAGACGACGUAGAAGUCGAUCGAUCGCGGAUACCAGAUUUCGACUCGUUUGAAACGGACUUCUUUGGAUUGUCUACCGAUACUGCCGCAGACUUAUCAAGGUGGAGGGAACUCUGAUGCCUCCACAUUGUUCCGUACCGCUGCCGAGGACUCGGUUCCGUUGGCCGACGACCAUCUGAGCCGUCUCUUCACAACGUUCCUGGAGGAUGCAGGUCACUCUUCUAUCUCGCAAUCGGGCACGUCAAAUCUACCUGACGAGGCUAUCGCGCCGCAAGCACCGCAACGUUGACAGAGCAGGAUACGUUCACAGGACCCUAUGAUCGCGUCAAUUUGCAGCAGAGUGGUCCCAAUGUGUCGACAAGGGGGGAUGUGCUCCCGAGAUUUCAUAACAGUUUUUUGUAGCAGAG